CGGCUCAGGAGUCGAUGGUCGAUGGUCGAUGGACAUGUUCCGAUUAUCAACAUUGUUUUUGCCUGGUCAAGAGGUGGAAAGUGUUGGGGUGGAGAGGUCUGGAGUCGCUGUAAACAACAGAACAAGCAAACAAGACACCGUUUGCUUUAAUCAGAUCGUCAAACCCCUGCCAGUGGAGAAACGUGUUGUCGAUAACACGGGGUCCCCUUACGUGUCCGAAUCACAGCGGCAAUAUUUGCUUUACAUCUGCAACGACAGCCCUGUAUCGGCAGAAAAAUCAAAUAAGAAGCCAGGAACCAGAAUUGAAGCGUCCUCUUGCUGCCGAGUUGCAGACACGGAGACCAACAACACUCGAGAGCCAAUAACAGCAAAUUAACUUACAGCAAUUUCUUCAAUCGUCAGAAUAAACGGAAGUUUGCCUCCGGUCACGAGCUCUCGUCCUUUUAUUGCUUAAGAAUACUUUCUCAUAUUCCAAGGUCAUAAAACUUCAAUUGUGCGUCAUUAAACGAUAAGAAGUAUGUCGGCAUGGAAAGAACAUUUUCCUGUCUCCUGUUACUUCAGUUAAUUGUUUUUUCCCGUCCAGUUCUCGAACACCAUCAAAAUAUAUUUUCCGCUCAGUACAAGUUUCAGAACACCAGGUCCAAAUGUAGUCUUAAAUAUUUUAAUCUUUAGAUCCCUACGUAAAAGACUAUAAAAUUAAAUAUUCUGAACUGAAUAAUAGCAACCAUUCUC